AUGGUUUCGCAGGGUAAACAAAUGAACAGAGACGUGAUUGUACUGCUUCUUGGGACAUUGAAGGUCUGCGUAUUCAUAGGAUUGGCCAUUGGAUACGCAAACAAGGACUCAAAGCAUAGAGACUACGCCAUUCCAGUGGUUGGAGCACUUGCAUUUGCGUGGGUUUCGUGGGCUGUGACGUACAUAGCACAGAUUCACCCGUUUGUUCAGCCUGAAAUCACCAAAAAUGCGCCAUAA